AUGGAGGAAUCAAAAAAGGGAGUUUUCUCUUCUCUCUCUCUCCUUCUCUCUCUCUCCUUCUCUCUCUCUCUCCUUCUCUCUCUCUCCUUCUCUCUCUCUCUUUCUUCUGGCUUUAAUUUCUUAAUUCAACAUAAAAUUAAUUAUGACACAUACACAUUUUCAUUCUUAAAUGGUAGAUUCAGGAUUAUAAGCAGGAAAGUUUAUUUUUUCUCUUCUUUUUUCUUUUCUUUUCUCUUUUCAUUUCUCCUUUUUUCUCUUUUUCUCUUUUCUUUCUCUUUUUUCUCUUUUCUUUCUCUUUUCUCUUUCUCUUUUUUCUUUUCUCUUUUCUUUUCGCUUUCUCCUUUUUCCUUUCUCUUUUUUUCUUUCUCUUUUCUCUUUUCAUUUCUCUUUUUCCUUUUUCUCCUUUUCCUUUUUUCUCUUUUCUUUCUCUUUUCUCUUUUCCUUUCACCUUUUUCCUUUCUCUUUUUCCUUUUUCUCUUUUUCCUUUUCUCUUUUCUUUCUCUUUUUCUCUUUCUCUUCUUUCUCUUUUCUCUUUUUCUCUUUUCUUUCUCUUUUCUUUCUCUUUUCUUUCUCUUUCUCUUUUCUUUCUCUUUUCUUUCUCUUCUUUCUCUUUUCUCUUUUCUUGUACUUACUGAUGAGUUCCUUCAUUUUUUUUUCUUGAAGAAAGACAUUUCUUCCCUCCACCCUCAUGGAACAGACCCGAUGAAAACAGAUGAACGAAUUGACUGA